AUGUCUCUGGCUGUGCAAACUGAUGCCUGCCACCACUGCAUCAAAACCACGUUGCAAAUUGAAGUCUCUGCGCUCACCAUUUUUAUGAUAGAAAAGUUCGAUGAUCAAGGCAGAGAGCAAGUGUUGUGGAAGAACUGUACCAUUCUGCCGUGCCAGUGGCAGGGCACUGUCAGGCGGAUGGCAGAACCUCCAGUAUGUAUGAAUGCCAUUGCCAAUGGUCAUACCAUGUCCACCAAGUUCGCCUCUCACCCACACCCAUUCUCUACCGAUACUAUGACAAUAGUCUUAAAUGAUCCCACUUGGUUGUCGACCAUCAUUGCGUAUCGCUUUUACAGCUAUUUUGCAGUUGCCGCCUUUGUUGGAGUGGCGUAUGAUUGGGCACUUACAUUCGCACAAGAGGUCGAAUUGAUUUGGAGGCAACGUUGGUCCUUGAUAACAGUUCUGUAUCUCGGUGUGCGCUACCUUGGUAUCUUCUUUGCUGCGUAUGUCCGGAAGGCUAAACACCUGAUCAUGCUGAGCAAUGUUCUGACCAUCGAGCUGACAGAUACAAUGCUGGAUUAUGUACAUCGUACAGGAUUGGACGCUUGUUUUGGUAUUUCCAAUGCUGGGAGAAAGAUCUUGAUAUUUCUCAUCGUCACCUUCCUGGCUGUCAACAUUUUCGACGGAGUAGUAGCCAUAAUGACAGCGAUACAAACUUCAGGGGUCUGGGUUGCAGUAAAACACUUCCGUGAACAGCGACUACCUUCAGAGGACUGUCUCAUAGUGUUGAUGAAAACUCAUAUGCUUUACUUUGCGAGGGUUGGACGUGGUAGCUUUGUUGCUGUUUCCUGCUUCGAGCUCAUCAUCGAUUUCUCUCCAACACUCUCAGCGAUUUUGCAAGUCGUGCAGAUGGUCGUGCUUGGACCACGCCUGAUCCUUAGUGUUCGAGAAUACUCCGCUAGGCUUGUGGCCGAUUCCGACGCAGCAACUGGAGCGCGUGCAUAUAUCGACUGGCAGUAUGCUCUACAAAGAGCAGGGGAAUUUACUCCUACUUUCGUGAUGGUAUUGAUCGAAGUUAUCUGGUGUUCCGAUGUGGAUUUCGAAUUCAAGGAGACAUGGGUCUGGAUAAUGUCUUCGUUAUAG